ACAGGAAGAACACACAUUAGUUAGCAAAACAAACUGAUACUGAGUCUUAUUCCAGUACAAAAAUGAUCACGAAGGCAGGGGCGAAGUACGUUGAGCGGCCUGACUGACGACAUGAGACAACCUUUGCUCCUUAUCAGUCUGUCACUGGCAGUCCUCUCUGCCAAUGUGUUGGCGCAGGAUCCUGUACAGAUUGAGUUCCAGACAGACCCGUUGCUGGUUCAAACUGGUACUGAUGUAGUGUUCACAGUGCUGACGGUGCCUGAGGUCCUAUCCAUGACAUGGCAAUACCAAGGAGGAAUCACCCUUGGAUUGUUUGCCGGAGGAAGUGCAGUGGUUAACCCGGUGCCUCAGUUCCAGGGGAGGGUCUCUAUCACUGCCACUCAGCUCCGAAUUGGAGGUGCUCAGCUCCGAGAUGCAGGGAACUACACGGUGGAGGUGAUCCCCUCUGCUACAACAGGCCUGUCUACUAACUCCAGAUCAGUACAGCUGAGAGUGUUUGAUGCAGUGGCCGGGGUCAGUCUGUUUGUACCCUCAGUGGCUGUGGAGGGGAGAAAUAUCUCUCUGAGGUGUACAUGGACGGCUGGGACAGAGAUUACAGUCCAGUGGGGUAAAGGAGGCGAAACCAUCACCGCCAACUCCAGGAUCACCAUCUCAGGUGGCUCGCUGGUCAUCAACCCAGCCAGGCGGGCUGAUACCGGGGAGUACACAUGUACUGUCAGCAACCCUGUCAGUGCCCGCACCGCCACACAGAGCUUCACUGUCUACUAUGGCCCUGACACCCCUGUACUUACCAAGGAAACCCCAAAAAAUUGUGUCGGAGGCGGUGAUGUUUUGGCGGGAGGGACGGUGCGUCUCACCUGUUUGUCUGACUCACUGCCCCCUGCCCUCUUCUCAUGGCAACGUGAUGGGCAACCAGUCACAUCUGGCCAGCCAGACAGCGGAGUGCUCAGCCUUCAGACUUUCUCGUCUAAUGAGAGCGGCCGAUAUGUCUGCACGGCCAGAAACGGCAUCACUGGGGGCACCUCGGAGCAGGGGACAGACUUGGCCAUCGUAGACAUAUGUCUUAAUGCAGGAGAAGUGGUGGGGAUUGUGAUUGGCUGUUUGCUGCUGAUCAUAAUCAUCGCGCUCCUCAUCUUCUGUCUUGUGCGAAGGAGGAGGGAACAGCCAAGACAAAGGGAUACUGUGGUUGUGCAGAAGACCAAUACAAAUCCCAGGCCUAUACCCUCUGAUCCACAACCUAAUGGUGCAAGGGAAUUGGGCCAAGGUCUCCACCCCCCUCUCUAUCACCUUAACACACACACGCGCCACCCUGACCACUUAUACACAGGCCUGCGUGAAAGCCCUGGCAACCCACAGACACUGCCGACGAACGGCAUGCAUAACUCUGACACGCACCAACACAAUGGUCGUACCCACACAAAUAGCCUCCUACACAAUGCUAUUCAGAACACCAAUUCAUACCCACACAAUGGCAUUGACAACCCGGCUUUCACACACACUGAGGCUCAGAACGCAAACAUGCUCACAAACACACAGCAGCAAAACCCUAACAUUCUCAUACAGGCUGGCACUGCCCAGGGCGGCGCCCAGCCACCGGCAGUCCACGUCAGCCUCAACACGCUGCCACAAACUGCCGAGCAAAACAACAAUGCACAAAUGCCCACCAUUCAUGUCAAUCUAAACUCAUUCUCAACCAAUGGCCAACAGACUCAGCAGGACAGCUCAUUUCCUUUUACCGCUACAGCCAAUAAUAAUGCUUCACAAACCCAACAAAACCUGACACAAACAGGGCAAUCAAAUCCUAGAAUGCAAAGUGGGCAGUCCUAUCCGAGUGACACCCGGCCGAAUAACCACAUAGACACAGGUCAUCGAGCUCAGGCUGAACCAAUCCCGACGGGAUACACACACUAUAACAUUAACAACACCGCUCAGCGAAAUGCGAACACACAGACCUACCAGCAGGAUCCAGAGCAUCAUAACAGGUCUGAUAGAAACUCACAGAGACAUGAUGCAGCUGCCAACUCCUCCCGUCGACAGAUGCCAUGGGAUCGCCUCAGAGGGACACCAGCAUAUCCCAGCGGCACACUUCAAAGAGGACAGACAUCACCUGAAUUCACCUCUUCCACUACAGACUAUACUUACUAUCCUCCUGUGCAUGAGGCUAACAGAUCUCAGCCUCAAACUCAAAGCCAAACCACUUCCCGGAGCAGACCUCCAACCAGACAAGAUACACUAACACUGGACAGACAGACGAGGAACCGCUCAGCCGAUCUAGGAAGCCCAUACACUCUUAGAGUGCCACAGCUUGAGCCUGAUAACCACACACAUAGAAGCCCCCACACACAAAGAGAGCGUGCUCAGCAAGACAUCAGAGGUCCGCCUGGUAGCCAGACUGCCCACAGGCAGGAAGCCACACACAGCAGUAACCCUCAGGCACUGCCUCUCAUGAGCCAGCAGGCCUCUGUUGGCCGCUCUGCUGUGUCACAAGGACCCACGACACAACAGGGUGCAGAUACAAGAGCUUUGGCUGAUCCUAAUCACCUUCCACAGGCACACAUGGCCCAGCAACACAGAGCAGCACCGAUCCAAAAAACACCACAAGGUCUAGGCACACAGACACAGCCUGUCAUACAUGGUGCCAGUCAUCCUCGCCAAGGAGGCACUGCUCCAGUCCUGCACCCAUCUGCCCAGCCUAAUCCUAGUAACUUAACCCGGGCUACACUUAAAGCACACACGGACAGGGCUCAAAUAUUUCAGAACCGGAAACAACAGACUCAGGCUGCCCUGCUUCACCCUGGACAGCAGGCUCAAGCUCCUGCUGCUGGAGCUCAGCACCCACCAACUCUGCCUCCUGUUAUCCCCCUUGCACAGUUCCGAACCCUCCCCAAAGAGCGCACCCAGCACAAAUCCCCAACUAGGGGCCCUCAGCCCCCCAGACCCCCUGUUAAUAUACCCGUGGCUCAACGACACCUACAAGUACAACAGCGGUCCAAUGUGCAGCGCCAUGCUGCCACAAUGCCCGUCAACCGUCAUCACCAUCCUGGUAAUGGCCACGUGCAUGCCACUACACACCGGCAUCCCCAUGCCCAUGCCCAUGCCCGAGGUCAUGGGAACACUGCCCACUUCACCCACUCAUGGCAGCAACAGGCUCACAGAGGGAGACCAAGAUGAUGACAGAUGUCAGCAGACUACACUCUACAACUGUCCCGUAUCCACUGACACAAACAAACAGCUGACAGACGUGAUCCAAUAAACCACCAAGCAAGACUGACUGCACAAGGUUCUGCACUCAAGCUGUCAUAACCUGGUAUCUCAGUACUAAAGUCAGUUUUUUUUAAUAAUAGAAAUGAACACAUCUCCCACCGGGAUGAUAAAACCUAACUUUAUUGAAGAAAGUCCUACUUUCUUAGAAACAAAAGACAAAAUCUCUUGAAGUACGAGACUUAAUUUACCCUUUUUAAGAUGCUGUCAUGAGAAAUGUAUUAAAUUAAGUAAAAUAUACGAAAGGGUUUUCAUACAAAAUGUUUCCCCAUCAGCAACCCUCCUCUCCAAACACACACACACACACACGCUGUUUCCCAGACCCUCAUGUAGUAUUGUUGUAUUUUGACUUUGGGAGCACUGGUCAUGCAUCAAACUUUGCCAAGAGCCUCCUCAGAGCAGACAAGUUCAGUGAUCCAUAGCUCCUGACCAAGCUUACAUCCCCUCAUCCAUUCAUCAUCAAAAAUGAACAACACUACCUUGGCCAAAUGCACUUGAGGUGUUUGUAUGAAUAUAUUUGACAUUUAAGAAGAUCUAAUAGUGACAGAUGGUAAAUGAGAAGAGACCCUGCACAAGAUGGACUUAGCCCCUGGGAACGGUGACAAUUAUGAAAGAAGAAAUUAGCUGUAGGGGUGGUCUUGAUGUACAUGGAACUAUUUAUUUUGUGCAUUCUGUUUACAGAUGCCUCUCAUGACACUUCUCAAUUAAGGGGAUUCGCCUCAGUGGAGCUCGAAAGCAAUGCUCAGCUAACUAUGAAGGGGACCCCACGAAUGGAUGGGCGCUUAUUAAUUAAAUGCUUUUAUGUGACUUAAAUGAGUUGGAAAAUAAUCACACCCGUGCAUGAAUGAGGUCAGCACAAAGACCUGAGCUGCCACGCUUUCUGCUGAAAAAGCAUAGUGUAACAAUUUACUGUCUGCGCUGGGUCAUGGACAGCACAUUAAAAAUGAUGGAAUGUCAUUAUUACUUUAACAUAUUAUGUAUUUAUUGGUUUUAUAUUGUUUUUAGUUUUUAAACUCAGGGAUGUACUUGUAAAGUUGAUUUAAGUUGUACUGAUUGAUAUCAUUGCCAUUAAUUAUCAAGUGUACCCAGAAUCCAUAUAUGAUAUUCUGUAUUGCUCUUAUUGUCAACAAAUACAACCAAUUAUGAAUUAAUGUUUCAAACAAAUUUUGUCUGUGUAGCCAAAACCUGAUAUAUCUUAUAUCUCUGUGCCAUAAACCUCCAUUGUUGUCCAAAAGUAUUAAAAACUCAUCAGCGAGUCACACUGUUGAACAGGAUGACAUGUUCCCUUAUUACGAUAAACAUGAGCACUGUAGUUAUUUUGAGUCCAACAUAGACAGUCAUCGUGCUGUAAAUACUCACUAGCCACCAAAUGUGUAUUAAUCCUUCACUGCAAAUAGUUCCCCAAACUAAUGCACUAUUUACUCUUGUCUGAGUAAUGUUUUCUAAAAACUACCCUGUUCGAAAAUUAUUUGGCCUUUUAGAAAAUUAAACUUAUAUAUUUGUGACCUUUACCAAAGACUUAUGGCUUAUUGGGAACAAAUGGGCUUGGAGAGAAUGCUGCAGACAAGAUAGGGAAGUUGGAAAGUAUUAGUAGACAUUCUAACUUUUUUUUUUAGUAAGUUGAGAAUAAGAGAAAUACAGACUAGCACCAGCUUUAUAUAAACAUCCAAAGUUGGAAACAAAUAGAAAAAAUACACAGCUCAUCGAACAACAAAAACAUCUGGAGCAAGAGGUUACUUUACCGCUUUUGGAAAAUGAAUGCUUGUAAAUACAGUGGUUUAUACAGAUGUUGAAUAUUCAUGUCAGAAUGUACAAGUACAGUAUUUAUCUUUGCUCUGCAGGAAGGAUCUGUAAAUUUUUUGGGCUCUAUGAAUUGUUCAAAUACCUUUUAAUGUUAUUAAUAACAAUAAAGAAUUGUUGCUCUUUUCA